AACGGAAGUUGGGACCAAACGCUUCCGCUUUAGGAGCAGCGGAUGUUAGCAGUAAAGUGUGUGGAUUUCAUUUUUUCUUUUUACACCAGUUAGCUAAAGUGACAAACUGUGCGUGGCCUUGCAAACAUCACAGAGGAGGGCAGCACUGUUUCGCCAAUGUCUUUGUCAGCAAUUUAAAACGUGACAUCUUGCUGUUUUGAGCACCUAACCUGUACCAUGGGGAAGAGAUACUACUGUGACUACUGUGACCGGUCCUUUCAGGACAAUAUGCAUAACAGGAAAAAACAUCUGAAUGGUGUUCAGCAUCACAGAGCUAAAAAGGCCUGGUAUGACUCUUUUAGAGACUCUUCAGCCAUUCUGUGUGAUGAGCAAACAAAGAAACCCUGCAGGAAGUUUCUCCAAAAAGGAAUCUGUGAUUUUGGUCCUAACUGCAGGUUUUCUCACAUGUCUGAAGAGGAAAUGUUCAACUUAAAAAGACAGGUGGAAGAUGAAAGACAGCGCAGAGAGGACUCUGUAGACAGAAUGAUCCCUGGGCGAAGUAUAGAAGAGUGGCUCUCCAGAAGGGAAAAAAAGCGAACUGCCCUCAGUAUCGAAGGAGAUUCAAAAGAUAAGCAAGACAGCGAAGAGGGCCAAGAAGAAAGUGACCUACCUCAACAGCUGCUCUCCAUCCCUGACCUCCCACCCUCUCUUCUACCUCCUCCUCCAGGCGGGUGGAAAGUCAGAGUGAACACAGAAUGGGGUUGAGAGAUUCACUUUGUGGUUCACAUCACUGUUAAGUGGCUAUAGGGAAUUAAUUGAAGGAGGAAUGGUACACAUUGCAUAUUAACAGAUUGUGUCACAUAUUUGAAGGUUUUCAGUUAUUAAUGAGGUUUCCAGUUGAUUCUAAAAAGCUUUUGUGAGUCCAAUUUUUUAAAAGAAGAAUAAAAAAACAUGUUUUGUAUGCCAUCCAGAACAUGUCAUGUCAGAAUAUCUUUGUUUAGAAGAGCUAUUUAUUUAUUACAUUGUAGUUGUACAUGUUAAGUUUCUUGUUCAAGAAUGCAAUUAACAGUAAAAAGAAGCCAAUUCAAAAUGAGAAAAUGGUUAUAUUUACAUAAAACACACAUGCAGUGCAUAAUAACCCUUAUAAUUGACAUUUUGGUAGUUUGUUGUUGAUUGCUCCACUAAUCUGAAGUAGAGUGACUUAACUGUAAAACUCUUCUCAGGAGUAACACUUAAUUACAAACCCAGCCAGCUAAAAACAAGAAAAGAAAGAGAUGGCAAACUAAUGAUCUGGAUUACGUUUCAUAAUGAAGGUUACCACACUUAGAAUGUUUGUUAAAACACUUGACAAAGAGCCUCAUGCAGAUCUGGAUUUGUGAUUAAUGCAUUUAUAAUUGUUAUUGUCCUUUUUAAAGGUCCUCAAUAAAGUUAUUCCUCAUAACUGGGGUUUUGCUGAGAUGUGUAUAUCCUACUUACCUAACGCAGUGGUUACAGCAGAAUCCUCCUUAAAUCGGUAUGAGUUUCUUUUGGUUUUGUAUCAUUUUGACUAACUCUUAUUCUGCCGCCUUGAUCAGAAUACGCCUCUGACUUCU